AUAAAAAUAUUAAUGUGCUUUUAUUUUGAAAGUCCCAGGCGGAAAGGAGGUGUUUAUUACGUCUGUCUUGCCGCUGCUCAGCCCCCCUGACCCUCUCUCGGUCUCUGUUGCCAUUCCGACGCACGUCUCUCGCGGAGGAGCAGCAUCCUGGCGGAGUUGGACUUCUUGGUGGACUUCCAGACCCCCCAUCAGAGAGCUGCGCCCAGGGGACUGAGCGCCUGGGUUCCGGUUCACGCCUGAGCUGCUGCUGCUGCUGGUGGUGGUGGUGGUGGGGGGGCAGGCAGGGAGAUGCGCCCCUGGACUGAGGCUGGCUGUGGGUAAAGUCACACAAAGAGAAAAGGCGCAGCGUGACGCGCCUCCUGUAGCAUCCAGCAGCCCGGGGACCGACCGGGUCUCUGCGGAGCCUUCGGGGCGAGAGACCCCCCCACCACAGACAUGAGAACCGGGAGGGGAAGAAAAAGCCCGGCUUGAGUCUCCAGUCCGCUCGAGGAGGACUAGUCUGCACACCUUCCUUCAUGUUGCAGUCUCCUGGUUUAUGACAAUGGAUUACUUGCUGUGGGUCUGCAGCCUCCUGGUCCCCGCGGUCCUGGCAGUGGAAGAAACCCUCAUGGACAGUCGGUGGGCCACCACAGAGCUGGCUUGGACCACGUUUCCAGAGAGCGGGUGGGAGGAAGUGAGCGGCUACGACGACUCCAUGAGCCCGAUCAGAACCUACCAGGUGUGCAACGUCAAGCAGCCCAACCAGAACAACUGGCUGAGGACCGACUUCGUCCCGCGCCGCGGCGUGCUGCGCGUCUACGUGGAGCUCAAGUUCUCCGUCCGCGACUGCGCCAGCAUCCCCAACAUCCCGGGCUCCUGCAAAGAGACCUUCAACCUGUUCUACUACGAGUCCGAGGGGGACACGGCCACGGACACCAGCCCCCUGUGGAGGGAGACCCCGUACGUGAAGGUGGACACCAUCGCGCCAGACGAGAGCUUCUCCCUGCUCGAGGCGGGCAGGAUCAACACCAAAGUGCGCAGCUUCGGCCCCCUCUCCAAGGCGGGGUUCUACCUGGCCUUCCAGGACCUGGGGGCCUGCAUGUCCCUCAUCUCCGUCAGGGUUUUCUUCAAGAAGUGUUCCACCACCAUCGCCAAUUUUGCCGUCUUCCCCGAGACCGCCACGGGAGCGGAAGCCACUUCCUUGGUGAUCGCUCCGGGGGCGUGCGUAGCCAACGCCAUGGAGCUCUCUGUCCCCCUGAAGCUGUACUGCAACGGGGACGGUGAGUGGAUGGUUCCCGUGGGCUCGUGCACCUGCGUCGCUGGCUUUGAGCCGUCUGCAGACAGCACCCAGUGCCAGGCCUGCAUCCCUGGGACUUUCAAAUCCAAAUUCGGAGAGGGAUCGUGCGCUCCCUGCCCGUCCAACAGCCGCACCGGUUCACGAGGAGCCAACGUUUGUCCCUGCCAGAACGGUUUCUAUCGGGCUGACAGUGACCCUCCAGAGUCCUCCUGCACCACUAUCCCCUCGGCUCCACGCAACGUCAUAUCCAGCGUCAACGAGACCUCCCUGUCCCUGGAGUGGGAGGAGCCUGAGGACACGGGUGGGCGUGGCGACCUCGUCUACAACGUGGUGUGUAAGAAGUGCCUGCGCGACAGGAGUCCGUGCACGCGCUGCGACGACAAUGUGGACAUCGCCCCGCGCAGGCUGGGGCUGCGGUCCAGGAAGGUGGUGGUGAGGAACCUGCAGGCUCACACCCGCUACAGCUUCGAGGUGCAGGCCGUCAACGGGGUGUCUGGGAAAAACCCCGUCCCGCCCAACUACUCCACGGUCAACAUCACCACCAACCAGGCCGCACCUUCAGCCGUCCCCACGGUCCACUUGAUGCGCUCCACCUCAGACACGCUCAGCUUGUCCUGGCUGCCCCCUGAGAAACCCAACGGAGUCAUCCUCGACUACGAAAUUAAAUACCAGGAGAGGGGCCAGGCGAUGUCUCACACCGUCACGUCUCAGCACAGUUCUGCCAAGGUGGACGGGCUGAGGUCAGCCACGCCGUACGUGGUGCAGGUCAGAGCUCGCACCGUUGCAGGAUACGGACGUUACAGCAACCCCAUGGACUUCAGCACCAGCCUGCACAGUGACCCUCAGAAGUCUGUGCAGGACCAGCUGCCUCUCAUCAUCGGCUCGGCGUCCGCAGGUCUGGUGGUCGUCGUUGCCUUGGUGGUUAUUGCUGUUGUCUGCCUUAAGAAGCAGCGCAGCGGGUCGGAGCUGGAGUACACUGAGAAGCUGCAGCAGUACAUUUCCCCUGGAGUCAAAGUUUACAUCGACCCCUUCACCUACGAGGACCCCAACGAUGCCGUUCACGAGUUCGCCAAAGAGAUCGACAUCUCAUGUGUGAAGAUAGAGGAAGUCAUCGGAGCAGGUGAAUUCGGCGAGGUGUGCCGCGGCCGUCUCAAGCAGCCCGGGCGCAGGGAGAUGGUGGUGGCCAUCAAGACGCUGAAGGCGGGCUACACGGAGCGCCAGAGGCGGGACUUCCUGGCGGAGGCCUCCAUCAUGGGCCAGUUCGACCACCCCAACGUGAUCCGGCUGGAGGGUGUCCUGACGCGAAGCUGCCCCGUCCUCAUCAUCACAGAGUUCAUGGAAAACGGAGCGCUGGAUUCCUUCCUCAGGGUGAGCCGUGGCACCUCACACGGGUUGUUGCUCGUCUGACGGGGCAGAUCACUUCCUGUCGGUGUGGAAGCUGAGAGGAACACACAGUCACAGCACUACCUUUGGGUUAUCGUAAUGUUUUAGUUGGUGUAAAACACCCCGAGGCACUCGGCGUCUUCAGCUGAUGUGACUGAGUGAUGUUGACGGGCUUUCCCUCGCAGGAACUCCUGGUGGAGAACUCGUCACACACAGACCUUUGGAUAGUUUUGUGUUAGGGACCGCAGAGUACACCCCCCCAUCAGAGCGCUCUGUUCAGACCGAGGCGCCGACGCAGAGCUGAGUAAUGAGGUGUCACACAUUUCAGCUGCGUGGGGCUUUUACAUGUCAUUUACAUUCAAUAAAACACGUUCUCACGCGUGGCUAGAGCCGUCUGUUCGCUGGAGCCGUGAGUCUAAACGAGGUCAUUUAACAAACUGCAGCUGCACUGUGUUCUCCCUAAUACUGAAGUCAACUCAUCCUCACUUCAUUCAGUUUCAGUGGCUUUAGUUUUUAUUUUUUACAAGUUCCAUAAGAUUUUAUAAUGUUUUACAGCAGUUUGUCUCGUUUAUGACAACUUCAAGAGAUGUGAGAUCAAACGUCUAAUGAUUACUCUCUAAGAUUUGUAUUAAACUGUUCAUAUUUCCAUUAGAUAUUGGCUCUGUCUCAAUUCAUGAGCUGCAUCCUCAUGAGGGAGAGUCUGUCAGCUGCUUACAUCACUGCCUCUCACUGAGUGCU